AUGGUGUCACUCACAUUCGACAUAUCCGAGUACCUGCUCUUGUUGGUAACCGCAGUCCUUGUCUACACAAGCACCAAGGUAAUUUAUCGCCUAUACUUCUCUCCGCUGGCUGGAUUUCCAGGUCCACGCUUGGCAGCAGCAACUAGCCUUUAUGAAGCUUAUUUCGACAUUGUAAAAGGAGGCAAGUUCAUGUUCGAGCUUGAGCGUUUACACGACAAGUACGGUUCUAUCCUCCGCAUCAAUCCUCGCGAGAUACAUAUCAUGGAUCCUAGCUUUUAUGAUACCGUCUACGGCGGGCCAUUAAAUAAAAGAGAUAGAUUGCCCUCAUUUAUCCAGAAUGGAUUGCCCCUGACAACCUUUGAGACUGCGCCACAUGGCCUUCAUCGUAAGCGGAGGAAAUUAUUGAGCCCUUUCCUUUCAACGCAGUCGGUUACAGCCCUCCAGCCUGUCAUUGAGGAAAGGUUGGAUCUGGUUUGUAGCCACCUGUCAGGAAGGGUUGGUACAGGAGAGGUUCUGGACUUGCACUCUCUCUUUGCUUCUUUCGCCGCAGACGUGAUGUCUACAUAUAUACUUGGCCCCGCGUAUUCUUAUGCGUACUUGGACAAGGCAGAGAUAACGGACGAAUGGAAGACAAAUGUAAACAGCAUCUUUGAGGUGCUGAUUCAGCUCCGACACAUUCCAUUCAUAUUCAGACCAGCGCGCAAGUUUCCUAAGAUUGCCGCCUGGUUGUUCCCCGACUUUUCUGGGGUUCAUCAAUUUGACAAGAAAACCCGCGAAGGUGUGAAAGCUGUAAACUACCUGCCAAAGGAAAAAGAAUUCGACCGACUAGACAACGAACUACAUUUUUUGAUAUUUGCUGCAACCGAUGCACCGUCCCAAGUAAUGGCAAUCACUCUGUUCCAUCUCCUUUGGAAUCCAGAAACAUACCAAAAACUCAAAGACGAGUUGGAUGAGGCUUUCCCCGUUCUGUCCGAGGCGGACUGGACUAAGCUGAAAAGUCUUCCUUAUCUUGCUGCUGUUGUGAAAGAGGGUCUACGGCUUUCCGCCGUUGUGACAUCAAGGCUUCCGCGUAUAGCACCAGAUGAAGCUUUACAGUACGAAAAAUGGACCAUUCCACCCGGGACACCUGUUGCCAUGACCAUCCAUUCCGUUCUACGGAGUCCUGAAGUAUGUACCGAGCCGAUGUAA